AUGGCAGAAAGGUUAACACACCUUCAUGAUCUACCAGUACUCUCAUAUGUGAACGCUGAACCAAAAGUACUGAUCGAGCUGCAGAACUUGGAGCUCUUCGUGCCAUUGGAGAACCACAUUGGUCAACCUGAUGAGCCUAUAGCAGUACGCAGUGUUUUUGGGUGGACAGUGUAUGUACCUUGCAAAAUGAACACAGAGACCGAUCGUCUUGAAGGGCACGUGCGCAGGUGCGAUGGAGAUCGGGAGCUUAACGAAAUAAUACGUCAGCGAUUCGCUCUCGAGGACAUUGGGGCAUGUGCUAUGCUACCAGAGUCAGCUGAGGUAAAGCGAGCUCGAGAGUUACUGGAGCGAACUACAACGCGAAAGGAUUGUAGAUUUGUCACUGGAUUGUUGUGGAAGGAAGACGAUGUACGGCUCCCAAAUAGUCUACCGAUGGCGUUGAGGAGAAUGAAAAGCCUCGAAGCGAAGUUGGCAAGAGAUCCAGACCUGCGAGACAACGUGCACCAGCAGAUCCAAGAAUACAUCGAAAAAGACUAUGCACACAUGGCAACUGAAGAAGAACUAGCUGUGGCUGAUCCUAAUAGGAUAUGGUACCUUCCUCUCAACGUGGUAUCGCAUCCGAAGAAGCCCGAAAAGAAGCGACUGGUGUGGGACGCAGCGGCACAAGUAAAUGGCGUGUCACUUAAUUCCCUGCUACUAAAGGGGCCGGACUUACUAGUUCAGUUGUUACAUGUGAUCUGUAAGUUCCGGGAACGGCGCGUUGGAUUUGGCGGCGAUAUCGAGAAGAUGUUUCACCAGCUUAGAAUGAUCCCUGCAGACAUGCAUUCGCAACGUUUCCUGUUUCGUUUUGACCCCAGUCGACCUCCGGAUACCUACCUGAUGACGGUCGCUACCUUUGGAGCAACAUGCUCUCCAUGUUCCGCGCAGUACGUGAUGCACCGUAACGCCGACGAGUUUGCUGAGAAAUUUCCGGUAGCAGCAGAAGCUAUAAAGCAGAAAACCUACAUGGACGAUUACUUCGACAGCGCGGAUACGGCUCAAGAAGCAGCUGAACGAGCUCAACAAGUGAAGUUCAUCCAUUCGCAAGCUGGAUUCAACAUGCGCAACUGGGUCAGCAAUAGUGUUGAAGUGCUGCACAGUCUGGGAGAAACCCCCAAACAAUCACUGCGGCCGCUGUCUAGCGAUCAAAGCGAGGAUCGAGAACGCGUCCUUGGUAUGCUCUGGGAUCCGAUCAACGACUGCUUCCUGUUCUCCGACAACUGGCAGGAAGAAUUGACUCCGUACGUAUGUGAAAACCGUCGGCCAACCAAACGAAUAGCACUGCGCUGUAUUAUGAGUCUCUUUGACCCAUUGGGGCUACUGGCACCACUCCUCAUACACGGACGAAUGCUGAUUCAGGACAUGUGGCGUUCAGGAAUGGCGUGGGAUGAAGACAUACCGGAUGAAGUAUUUAGAAAAUGGCAGCAAUGGACUGGGCUGCUCCCAAUGGCAUACCAACUGAAGAUCCCGAGGUGCUACUUCGGAGACGCAGACCCGUGCUCAUAUCGAACUCUGCAGCUACACGUGUUCACAGAUGCGAGCGAAAAUGGAUUUGGAUGUGCUGCUUACUUCAGAAUAGUCGAGAAAGGACAAAUUCGGUGUUCGUUGGUCAUGGCCAAGAGCAAGGUAGCGCCUCUGAAAUACCAAUCUAUUCCACGAUUGGAACUACAGGGGGCACUCAUAGGCGCGCGGUUGAUGAAUAGUGUUUGCGAAAGCCAUACGCUGAAGAUCGACCAGAAGUUCUUGUGGACUGAUUCCAGCACCGUUCUUGCCUGGAUACGUUCCGAACACCGGAGAUACAAACAAUACGUUGCACACAGAGUUGGAGAGAUACUGACGCUGUCGGAACCGGAAAACUGGCGAUGGGUACCAUCGAAAGAGAACGUGGCAGACUGCUUGACCAAGUGGACUAAAGACACAGAACCGAGCUCUAGCGGCAGAUGGUUGAAUGGCCCUUCGUUCCUGUAUCACCUGGAAAGAGAAUGGCCGGAACAGCGACAUCCAGCAGAAACCAACGAAGAACUCAGAAGUCACGUGCUGUUGCACCGUGUUGCUAUACCCAAGAAUCUUGUGGACGCUGGCCGAAUCUCGAAAUGGAAUGUAUUAGUGCGAACGAUUGCAUUCGUCCAUCGCUUCAUCUCUAACUGUAGACGUCGCCUGCAGGGUCAUCCGAUAGAAACAAUUAGGGCAACGGCUGCCCAGGAGAAACUGCUCAUCAAGCCGAUACCUGCGAAGUUGAUACCGCUAUGCCAACAGGAGUAUGUGAAGGCGGAAAUGUUCUUGUGGCGCGCUGCUCAAAGUGAGUCCUAUCCCGACGAAAUGCGAGUGUUGCUGAACAAUUGGAACAAACCAACGGAAGAGCUCCUCAACGUAGAAAAAUCAAGCUCUCUGUACAAGUUAACACCCUUUGUGGACGAACACGGCGUUAUCCGAAUGGAAGGCAGAACAGCGAACGCCGCUUACGCAGCUUUCGACACCCGUUUCCCCAUCAUCCUACCAAAAGAUCAUCCGAUAACGCAACGUCUAAUCGAACAUUACCAUGGACAGUUCGGACACGCUAACAAGGAGACCGUAGUGAACGAGUUACGACAACGUUAUUACAUCCCCUGCUUACGUACUACUGUGGACAGAAUUUCGAGAAAUUGCCAGAGAUGUAAAGUAGCCAAGUGCAGGCCGCAGACUCCGCGCAUGGCACCACUUCCCAAGCAACGACUGACGCCGUACGUGAAGCCGUUUAGUUACGUCGGAAUAGACUAUCUGGGUCCUCUGGAAGUCACUGUGGGACGGCGUAGAGAGAAGCGGUAUAUCGUCGUAUUCACCUGCCUGGUUGUGCGGGCUAUUCAUCUGGAACUGGCGUAUAGUUUGACGACCGACUCGUGCAUCAUGGCAAUCCGAAGAUUCACCUGCAAAUGGGGCUCUCCAGUGGAGAUCUUCACUGACAACGGCACCAAUUUCAUGGGCGCCAACCGAAAAUUGAAGCAGCAUAUCAAGAGGAUUAACGACAAGUGUGGCGAAACCUUCACGGACGCGCGGACAAAAUGGACCUCCACCCCCCCCCCGCUGCGCCUCACAUGGGGGGCGUAUGGGAGAGAAUGGUUCGUAGCGUGA